CUGCCGCGGGGAUUUGUUUCUAGCUUCGCUUGUUUCGAGUCCGACUGCUGAAGCACACCCUCGUCCAUCGCCUACCCCUUCACAUCUUUACCGCCUCCGGGGCCCUCACUUUGCUCAACCUCUUCAUAUAACCGUUUGCCCACCACCUCCUGCACGUUUCCUGCACUCUUUCCCCUCCCCACCUACCGGCUCUCUUCCUCCAUCGCCCAAAGGCAAGUCAACCGGUGGCUCACAACGCCAUACGAUUCCUCAAGACCAUCACUUCUUAGGCCUUCCUCAUCGCCAGCCUAUCAGCCAUCAACAUGUCUACCAAACCAGUCUUGAAGCUGUCGACUCCGGUCACAGCCAACUUCCCCAAUAUCCCCCGACCAACAAACGAGCUUCGCUCCGCUGUGACACUUCCUUCGGCUCUAUCAGAUCGUACUCCUCUGUCUGCCAUCUCGCGAACAUCAGCCUUCCGUGAUCCUCUAUCGGCACUUCCUUCAGCAGGCCUUCCUUCCGCCGGGCCAUUCAGCGCAACCCUCAAGGUGGAUCACGAUCUUCAGAAGACACCCAUUACACCACCAGUCGCAUACCUCGACUUUCUCAAGUGCAUGCAACUCGUUUCUCCCAGUCUUGCCUCGCCACCGCAAACAGGAAAGGCGCUUCUUAACCGGACGAGCACCGCUAGCAGCCUCAGCACCAGCAGUACUAGCAGCAAUGACUCGGAGUCUUCGAUUGACUCCGCCACUACGGACGCCUCUGAGAAGGAGAAAGAAGGACAGAUCGAGAGCGCGCCAUCAACAGCUCGCUCCGAUGUGAGCUCCGCGCCCGAAAUCAAGGUCGAGGCCGAAGAGAAGGAGGACAAGAAGGAGGACAAGGAGAACGUCGGCGACGAGAAGCAAGAAAAAUCCAGACCGGCACCUAUCACCAUCUCUCAACCUCCGACUCCCCAUAGCUCGCUCUAUCCGAUGUCAGCUCCAGCCACCGGCGCUGCAGUAUUCCCAAGCACCAAGAUCCCUCCAUCACCCUCCAUCUCUACUUCCGCACUCUACUCGCCACGAACACCCCUCAGUGCGGCAUCUGUCCGUUCGCCUUUCGACUGGGAAGCGGCGCUAAAGCUGAGGCGAUUUGCUGAAGUUUCUAGCCUCAAGCGUUCUGCGCCAUGUGAUGCUCCUGCUGUCAGCAACCCCACUUCUGUUCCCGUCGCAAAGGAAUCACGAUCUAGCAUACGCCACAUCCGCGAAGUGGUUACAAGAACAGUGACCUACACACCACGAAUGGCGCCCGCGCCCAAGGGAAAGCGAAGAAAGAUUGACGCCGACACAGCUAUCAAGUCGUAAAAAUAGCUAAAUCAUCUACGGUGCUGGCCAUCACCGCCAACUUGAUCAUCGCCAUACCACUACCAUUGCAGAGCAGCCUGCCUGGAGCG